UGAAAACGGCAGGAAGCGAAAAUUGUUGGUACGGUGCUUAGUGGUUGCUGGUCUGACUGAGGAUGUGGUGGAAAGUGUUGGGUACGAUAGGAGAGGUUCAACCGGAAAGGAUUUCGAUCUCAAGCACAUAGUACGCGAGACACACGAGGUCCCGCGAUUGGCCAGUUUAUGAGACGACGAUGGCUCCGUGAGGAGAGGAGAACAUGGCUGCGACGCAAGCCGAGAGCCAACAAAACGAUGUGAAGCUGAAUGAGUCCGUGAAAUGCGCACAGAAACGUCCGCAAGUCAGUGGGAAUAGUGCGAGUGUAAACGCGAAGCAGCAGCUGGAUCCAGAGCCGGGUGAUAAGGUGCCCCGGGGCGCGGCCCAGCUGCUUAAAUAUGUGAAUCGCGGCGGGGACACGGGUUUCGAGAUGAGUCAAUACCGCGAGGACAUUGGUGGACACACUGCCGGUGAGGUAAAAUCACCCAGAGAGGCUGGCCAGGCGCCCCAAGAAAGUAUCGGCAAACAGGAGCCCCUCGACGCGCCCGGUCAUCCGAACCAUCCCGGACAUCCGUUCACGCCGAACGUAAUACGUGAUUACUCGGACGAGUAUACUAACAAAUCGAACGAGUUUCCCUCCAAGUCGUUGACCGAUUAUCCGGCCAAGCAGAUACCAGAAUACGUGGGAAAACAUGGAGAUUUUCCAGGAAAACAAUUGGAAUACCAUGGUAAACACUUAAUACAUGAAAGUGAAAGAGUCCAUCGUGCAGACAUGGAAGAGCAUUAUGUAGCUUCCAAGAUUGAAUCACGAUUGGCAUAUGUAGGAGGUACGCCGAGCAGCUUUCCAGGCCAGCCAAGGUUUCUGUCUGGACAAAGUAUAUCACAGACCACUGGUCCGACUCCGACAUUAAAUCAGUUACUUCAGGCGUCCACACCGGUGCAUCGGUUUCAUGGAAACUAUCCUGGCAUGGGACCAGAGCCUUAUCAACAACCAUGGCCUAUUCAGAGGCCACCGGUUGUCCCUCCAGUUUAUCCACAACCUGGUCAACGACCUCCACAGACGGGAUCACCAAGAUUACACACAGGGCCUGGAGGACCAAGUUCUCCAACUCCUAUGCCAUAUCAACAAUAUACACAACGUUAUUCCUCUCCUGCAAGACCACAUGCACCAUAUAGUCACCAUCAGAUAAAUUCAUACACUACACAAACAAGUCAUCCUUCCAGUCUAUAUACUGAACAAAGGGGAUGGAACCAAGGUGGACCACCAAAUCCACCACCACCUCCAUCUAAUCAAGCUAAUCCUUCCAGUCAGUCGCCACAACGUGCUCUUUCUCAAUCUCCAGCACCACCACCUUCUGCAUCUCCACAACCCCAAACAACUGGCCAAUCACAGAGUUUCCACAAUCUCCAGCAGAGAUCCACAACACCAAAUACUCAAGGAAUCGAUUCAGGGGAAUUGUCUGGCCAAAAUAGUAACGAUAGUUCGAAUGGACCAGCUUGUCCAGGAACACCAAAUUCACAGGGGAUGAGACCAACCCCUUCACCGACAGGAUCCACAGGUUCUCGCUCGAUGUCCCCUGCUGUUGGCCAACAAAACGUUCAGAUGCCUCCACGACCGUCAAGUAGCCAGUCAGAUGGUAGUGGACCAGCACGAAUGAGUCAUUCUCCUAUGACAACUCAAGGAGCAUACCAGCAGCCAUUGGGUCCUUCACCACAUAUGCAUAGCUAUAAAAUUAAUAACACUGGGCCUGGUGUUGUGCAGCCAGGACCAGGUGCAACAAAUCUUGGUGGAAUAAACCCAAUGGGUGGUGGAAUGGGAUAUGCAGCUGGUGGAACGGCUGCAGGUCAGCCUGGGGGUUAUCAUGCGCAAAGUACCUAUCCUCCUCCACGUCCACAUGUACAAUUUCCGCAAGGAUAUCCAUCUCCAGCCAAUUCACAACCACCACCUAAUAAUCAAUAUCAGGCUCCUAACAGACCCAACAAUUUGGUGCAAUAUCCUCCUUAUACGCAUAAAAUGGGAUUUAAUAGCGUACCACCAGGUAUGCCACCCAGCCCUGGACCUCCUCAAGUUUACGGAAGUAGUAGUACAACAGGUAUGGUACCACCAGGUACACCCGGUGUGGCUGUGAUUGGCAACAUGGGACCUCCAGCAAGUUCCAUGGGUCCUCCACCACCGUCGCCUAAUCAUGUUAGCAGUCAGCCACCCCCGACAAGCUCGGCUGUACCGCAUUUACACCCUCCAGCAGCCACACCCCCUCUGAAUCACGAAGGAAGUCCAAUGCCUCCACCAAGUACCACUCCUAAUUCGCAUCCUACUUCGACACCAACACCAACCAGUCAUAGUUCUUCAGACCUUGCUACAGAAGCCUCGAAUGACAGUGGUAUAACCACUACAGCUUCAGGAACGUCAUCAAUUAACGUGACAUCCACCUCAAGUGGUACUGUUACGUCUGUAAUAACGACUGGUCCCGAUGGCACAUCCUUGGACGAAGGCUCUCAACAGUCUACAUUGUCGAAUGCAUCAGCCGCUUCUGGGGAAGAUCCAGCAUUUACACCGAAAGUGCGAAAAGAAAUGAUGGGUGGGUAUCAUAGUCACCCAACCACACCACAAAGUACAGUUCCAUCGCCUGGCGCCGCGAGUAUCAAUUCGAUCCAUGAAGAAUAUCCCGACAUGAACAGUCCUGGUUGGUCACGCCCACCUGCUAGUCCUGUUUUUAACAGUCAUGUGCCUCAAGACCCAUACAGAUCUAAGAAACCGGAUAGCUUGGCGAAACUGUACGAAAUGGACGACUCGAUGGAACGGCGAACUUGGCUCGACAAAUUAGUUAACUUCAUGGAAGAACGAAGAACACCAAUUACAAGCUGUCCUACCAUCUCCAAGAACCCCCUCGACCUAUUUCGGCUAUACCUCUACGUGAAAGAGAGGGGGGGCUUCAUGGAGGUAUGCAAGGUAACGAAGAACAAAACGUGGAAAGACAUAGCUGGUUCACUUGGUAUCGGAGCCAGCAGUAGCGCAGCGUAUACGUUGCGAAAACAUUACACGAAACAUUUACUGGCGUACGAGUGUCAUUUUGAUCGCGGUGGCGUGGAUCCUCAGCCAAUUAUAAAUCAGGUUGAGGCUGGCUCGAAAAAGAAAGGAUCAAAGGGAACUGCUUCUGUACCCUCGCCAGGGUCUUCCAAUUCACAAGAUUCCUUCCCAGCUGCUGGAUCGAGUAAUGCUUCCAUGGACGGUUAUGGAAGUUAUCAGAGUGGUUAUACCGGUGGUACGCCUGGUGGACCUUCAUCGGAGUACACCCCUCCUCCUCCUAGACCACCCAGUCAAAGUAGCGCUCCUUCUCCUCAUCAAGGUAUACAACAAAGCAGUUAUCAAAACACAGGUUCCUACCAAAAUUACCCUCAAGAUCAGUACAUUCGCCCCCAAGGAAGCACACUGUCGCAACAAGGAGAAUUCAAUCAACCUUACUCGCCACGGUCGCAUUAUUCACCUUAUGUACCAGACGUGGACAGGGGAUAUCCUGGCGGGAACAUGCCACCGAACAACGCCAGCGGGCAGGAUAUAUAUAAUAGAUAUAGUAGUAACCAACAACCUGCGAGCUAUCCGACGGGGACACCGCCAAACGCAAGGAAUAGCAGCUACCCAUCUGCGCCGCAGGCACAUCCGGCUACUGUACCGCCACAAACAGCUACCAGUCAACCUUCUUCACCUUCCCAGCCUUCUGCUGCUUCGUCCUAUUCUUGCCCGCAAGAUUAUUAUCGACAGGAACAGGGUGGAUAUGGAGCUCCCGCAGCGUCACAGAUAUACUCGGGUGGUGCAAGCGCGAACAAAAAUAUGCCGCCGCCACCGCCAGGUCCAAAUCCACCCAGGCGUCACCCAGAUUUUGCCAAAGACCAACAGUACCCUCAGUAUAAUCAGCAACGACCAGCGUAUCCUGGAUGGCCAAAUACAACCAAUCAAUACAACAGUAGCAGUGGGAGCAGUAGGGUUCAAUAUCCAUCUCAGCAACCACAGGCGCAAUCACAACCCCCACAGCCACCCGCGCCACAACCAACGCCACCAGUUGGUCCUGUACCUUCUACACCUCCAACUGGAGGAAUUGCUAGUAGUCAACAGUGGGUUAGUCAACAGCCAAAUCGAACCUCUUCGCAGCAAACAUUGAACGCUAUAGCACAUGCUCCUCCUCCUCCGUGGGAUCAUCGUUAUACGAAUCAACCGUCCCCUCUUUAUCCAACACCUGGAAAUCAUCAGAAUCAGCUCGGGAUAAAUCCUAUGAUCAGCCAGCAACCUACAUCAAAGAGAGAAAUGACAUUCCCUCCCGAUAGCGUGGAAGCAGUAACACCGCUUCUUUACAAGCGGCGGAAACUGACGCGUGCUGACGUUGCACCGGUAGAGGCUUGGCGCAUUAUGAUGGCUUUACGAUCAGGUCUAUUGGCUGAAAGUUGUUGGGCCCUUGACGUACUAAACAUAUUAUUAUUUGACGAUUCAUCGGUAAGUUAUUUUGGGUUGACGCAUUUGCCUGGGCUGCUCGAUGUUCUCCUGGAACAUUUCUCCCGUUCUUUAUCGGACAUGUUCGAAUCGCCUGUAAAUGAGGACGAUCGUAACUGGAACCAAUCGGCGGAUGGGCCGGAAGUGGAUCUUGGCGCUGUGACGCGUCCCAUCGACCCCGAGGAUCGAACCAAAUUACUAUCAUCGUCGAAUUACACAUUUCUAUCGAGGAGGGGUCGUCCAGUGAAAAUCGUGCCAAGGGACGACGAUUUGUUCGUUCUGGAUACACGAAGGACUUGGGAUCAUCAGGAAUGCGAAUCUGAAACUGAGCCUUGGCAAGUCGACAGUAAUACCACCAAAUACAUAGUGACCUGCUUUCAGACUGAAAUCGGAUCGGUACCGUUCGCGCGUCUUCUCCGAGACGAGAAGCCGCCGUUGCUGCAGAAGGAGGUCGAGUGCACCGACUCGAAGGACGAAGCUAAAGCGGACUCCGGUAUGCUCGAGGCAUCGGAAUUCUCACAAAAAUCCACCGAACUUGGCGAUAAGCCAAAAGAGGCGAACGAACGAAAGCAAUUGGAUAAAAAGAAAAAGACGAAAACGUUAAGCGACGUUUUAUCCAGGAUCAAGAAAGAGCCGGUCGAGAUGAACGAUCUAACGAGGGAGCUGUUUGAGAAGAAGAACGACGGUUUCAAGAAGGAGUGCGAGACCGACGCGAAAGUAAACAAUAACAUGGGCGAGCACUUCACGGACGUGCAGAAAACAGACGAGGAACUGGUUCCGACGCAGAACGGGCUGAACGACACGACGGGCAAUGUCGAGCUGGAGAAAAUCGAGAUCAAGGUGGAGAUCGAGGAGCAGCAAGAGUCGAUACCGAAGGAGGACGAUAAUAACGAGGGACCAAGAUUAAAAAUAAGAGAUCCAGCGGGUACAUUGAAGAGGAGACGGAUAAGCGACUACGAGGACGAGAGUUAUUCGAGGGACGAGGCUAGUUUAUACCUCGUCACCGAGACACAGGAUAACCUGGCUCGACGUUGCGUCUGUUUGUCGACAAUUCUAAGGAAUCUCACAUUCAUACCGGGCAACGAGACCGAGUUCGCCAAGAACAUGACGUUCCUGAGCCUUCUCGGGAAGCUGUUGUUGCUCCACCACGAGCAUCCGGCCAGAACGCAAAAGACGCGCAACUACGACCGGGAGGAGGACGCGGAUUUUGCGGAUUCUUGCAGCAGCUUGCAAGGCGAGAGCGAAUGGUGGUGGGAUUUUCUGCAUCAUAUAAGAGAAAACGUGCUGGUAAUGGCGGCGAAUAUAGCCGGCCACUUGGAUCUAAGUCAACAUCCAGAGGAGAUAUCCCGGCCGGUGUUGGACGGUCUUCUACAUUGGGCGGUGUGUCCAGCGGCUCACGGCCAGGAUCCUUUCCCCACGGUCGGGCCAAACUCGUCUCUGUCGCCGCAGAGAUUAGCGCUGGAGGCAUUGUGCAAGCUAUGCGUCACGGAAUGCAACGUGGACCUGGUCGUCGCGACGCCACCGUACUCGAGACUCCAGAGACUCUGCUCCGUAUUGACCAGGCUACUUUGUCGAAGCGAGGAACAGGUUUUACGGGAGUUUGGCGUGAAUCUGCUUCACUUUCUGUCCGCGGCGGACAGCGGUGUGGCCCGCACAAUCGCCCUGCAAACGCCUUGCGUUGCGUUGUUGGUAGCAUUCAUCGAACAAGCGGAAUCGACCGCGCUCGGUGUCGCGAAUCAGCACGGAUUGGCCACGUUACGUGACAAUCCGGAAUUGAUGGGCACCAGUCUGGAUAUGCUGAGACGAGCGGCCGGUACCCUGUUGAACCUCGCCAGGCAUCCGGACAACAGAACUCUACUGUUACAGCACGAGUCCCGGCUGCUUGCACUGGUGAUGAGUCAGAUACUGGAUCAGCAGGUGGCCGCGAUCGUUGCUCGUGUGUUGUUCCAGUGCUCCAGGGGCGCGUAACUCUUUUGUUGACAGAGACACGGUAUUCUCCUUUUUCUUUUUUGGGACACGCGGGUGUGUUGAUAUCCGUGGUUGUUUAGCCUCCUUCCUUGUGUAAAAUGAUAAUGGAUUUUUUUUCCAAGGUGACAGAAAGAGACAGCUAUAUAUAUACAUAGUGGCUGCUAUUCUAUAUAGAUAAUACGGAAGCGAGAAAGAGAUAAUAGAGCGUGUAUGUGUGCGUGUACGUGUGCGAGAUAGGAAGUGCGAGAAAGACAACAAAAAAACCGUAGAAAGGUGUAGAAAAGAGUGCGAGUAGGAAGAUGAUAGUUCACAGUAAGGGAGAGAAAGCGAGAAUGUGUGUGAGAGAGGAGGAGGAAGUACGUUAUACAGAGUACCGAGAGAAUAAUGGAAAGAAAAAAAAAAUAAACGCGGGAUUUUGGUUAUACACACAGAGGUUAUGUAGCAUGGAAUAAAGUGUCGAUAUACAAACGCCACGGCAUCGUGUGGUUGUUGUGUAGUUUUAUAUCGAGUAAACACGGGGAAGAAAUAAGAAAGUGAAUUUAUCGGUGUUAGUUGCGCGAGUACACAGGUAUGCUACGGAUGGCGAACGCCACCGCGCGUGUCUGGUAUAUCUUUUCCCCCCUUCGUGAAUUGGAAUAAUAUCGAUAUAGUGUAAGAUAUUUACAUAGUUAAUGAAAGGAGAGAACAAAAAAAAAUGGAGAAAGGAUUGACGUGGAGAAACAGAACGGGGUCGAAACUACGAGUGAAAUCGUGUGGAGAUUGAUGGGAUAUUAACUGUCGAGGGAGAGAAAUGAAAGGAAACACUACUAAAGGAUGUCUGGGGACGCGGAGAUGAAAAAAAUAAAUAAUAGUAGGGGACAGACAAAGACGGAGAGAGACACGGUGAGAGUGAGAAAGGAAGAUGUGUGGAGGGGGUGGGACGGAACGACGGAGAGACGAGGAAGAAACAAACGAUUAUUAGCAGUAUAAUAAUAUAUAAAUGAAUUAACUGAGAGAAAGAGAGAGAGAGAGAGAGAGAGAGAGAGAGAGAGAGAGAGAGAGAGAGAGAGAACUGAUCGAGACAAAACUAUCCGACGACGAGAAAUCUGUUUGACGAACCUUAAAAUGGUGCGAUGCGGAACGAUAAUAUUGGGGUGACGAUUAUAUAUAUAAAUAUUAA